CAGAGUCGGAGCUGUCCUGUGUUUUCAUGGAGAGCUGCUUGUUGCCCUGCGGCUUCCCCCCCGGAGACGACGCCGUCAUCCACUGGAUCCAGGUCAGAACGGAUGGGGAGACUCAGGUCCAUUCUUAUUACCAGAACCGGGACCAGCUGGGGAACCAGGACCCGGCCUUCAGGGGCCGGACCUCCCUGUUCGGGGGGCAGAUCCCCGGGGGGAACGCCUCCCUGCUGCUGGGGGGGGUCCGGGUCCAGGACGGGGGCCGGUACUACUGCUUCAUCAGCACCGUCUCAGGAAGCUACGAGGACUGCGUCGUUCUGAGAGUGGACGCUCCAGUGAAAGCGGUCCGCGUCCACCAGGAGGGAAACAGCAUCACCUGCAGCUCCAGCUGGAUCUACCCUGAACCUGAGCUCCGCUGGGCCAGCAGCCCCCCCCUCCAGACCCCAUCCAGCAGCCCCCCCCUCCAGACCCCAUCCAGCAGCAGCCUCCAGAGCCGAACCAGAGUCCAGCGGACGCAGCAGCAGCUGUACAACAUCAGCAGCUCUCUGCUGCUGCCGGAGGGAGAAGCUGCCGGGAGCUACAGCUGCACCGUCAGCACCGCCUCCAGCAGCCGCACGGCCACUCUGAGGAGCCUCACUGGUUUCUCUGGUUUCACGUUCCCGGUGCUGGUCCGACCCUCUUUCCUGUCCCCCAGCCGGGCCCCUGGUUCUGGUUCUGGUUCUGAUGGGGUUCUGGAGCUGGACUCGGGAUGGUCA